AUGGACGACCCCCUAGCGAGAUUGGAGGGCCUCGCAGCCAUAGACCACGAGAUUGCCGAUCUCGAGGCCCGUCUGCGCGAUGCAAAACUGCGCCGGCAACAACAGCACGGGACAUCCAUACGAUAUUCGGAUAGCUCUGCAUCGCGGCACCAACAGCAGCAGCAACACUUUCUCUUUUUACUCUCCGACUCAGCGCUACCGCUCGGUUCGUUUGCCUUUAGCAGUGGACUCGAGUCGUUUCUCGCACACGACAAGGCGGCCGCAGCGGCAUCGGCUGCCACGUCUCUCGCGGCUGCAGCCAAUGCCAUACCAAAGGGCGUAAAGAGCGGCCCCGAGGCCUUUGCCGCUUUUCUGCCAUUGUCCGUCUCAUCCUACGCCUACGCCACUUUGCCGUUUGUCCUGGCUGCGCAUGACGCUGCAUCUACGGUGACGAGCGCUGCCGCAGUCGCAGCCGCAGCUGCUUCGUCCCAUUUCUCAGAGACUUUCCCAUCGACGGUCGAAGCUUUCACCUCGGCACUCACCCUUCUCGACGACACAUAUGACGCCACCAUCAUCUGCGCCGUCGGCCGCCGCGCCUCGGUAGCCCAAGGCCGUGCACUGCUGUCUGUCUGGGAACGUGCUUUUUCGCCAACCCUUUCACCAUCGCUAGCACCGCCUUCACCGUCUUCACCGUCCUCACAGGCCUCACAGGCCGCACAGUCCGAACAAGCCAUCGACCCCUUGCGGCCGUUUGCGCUUCUCGUCAAGCGCUCCUCCAAUCCACGGCCCGGUACCCUAUCCGAGGCAUCUGCCCACAUGCCUCCGCUCUUUGGUGCCGUUGCCGCGUUGGCCGGCCUCGACCGCCGACAGGCCGCCGACGUAUUUAUCCUGUCGCAUGUCAAGGCACUCUUAUCGGCCGCAGUGCGCGCCAACCUGGUGGGACCGUACCAGGCGCAGCGACUGCUAGCGUCGGCGCAUGUGCAGCAACUUGUUGUGCGGUCCGUCGAAGGCGCAUGGGAUGUGCCCGUGGAAGAGGCCGGACAGACGAUGCCGGUGGUAGACCUGUGGAUGGGCCGACAUGAGAUGCUGUACUCGCGCAUCUUCAACAGCUAA